AUGACAGCCAAAAUUCAUUCUUCUUGUGAUGUCCAACUGGCUGCACUUCCAGACUUGUCCGGGGCUAUAAAUGUGACCGAAGCUGAGCAUGAUCGGGGAAUAGCAGGACACCGCAACCGCUCCCGCGCCGUGUAUUCUACGCCAUAUUUCUCAGCGUCUCUACCCAACGACAAUCUUCGUCCUUUGGAUAUCAAUCUGGAAGACGGAUUGAACUAUCGACUCUAUAGCUGA